AGAUACGCUGGAAGGAAGGGAGCGUCAUGCGGGGACAGCGACAAGGGAGUGUGUUUUUUUUUUUUUUUUUAAAGGGUGUGCAACGUAAUCCAUCUCAGCAGAGUAUUUGAUGCAAGCUCAGAAACAAAGGAGCACCAAACUUGUGGAGCUCAGCGCCGAAAUAAGAAGCUUUAAGACUCGUGGUCAGCUCAACACGUUUCUACCGUUUUCUUUUACGCGCAAAACUACAAUAAAUAAAACUUUAGAAGGCAUUUCUGCACUAUAUCUUUUUUUUUUUUUUCUUUAUGUUGCAUCUGACGAUCAAAUAUCUCGAUCGCUGCUGGAUCUUAAGCCUUUAACUGUUUCUAACCAAAUAUAGCCACUCUUAAUGCUGGAGUGUCCUUGACGGAGCUGAGCGCUCCUAAAUUGGAUAUUUGCAUCGCUGCCAAAGUCUAGAAUUACAUUUUCAGAUCAUUUUGAGUCGUUACGGUGUGUUUUUUUAACCAAAACAUUUGAUCUAAUUCGUAAAUUGGACACUUAUUCAGUUGGUGUGGUCAUUUAGAAGCUGGUGCGGUUUUUAAAAUUUUUCUGCCUAUUGUCAACUGCAGCGUUCGUGUUUUAAAACCCGCUCGUAACCCGAUGACUGCUCUCAACAGAAGCCAUUUUUAAGUCUUUCAGUUACAGUCAUUGAACACGAGCUGCUCAACCUGCUCUGGGCUGCAGUAUUUUUAGCACAUUUUUUUCUCUAUUGUUUUUAAAUCCGUUACAAUGACUUUUUGUGCGUCUGGCUCUGGGCGCGGCGGAUCUGCCAUGGCUCGGGUUUUCCUCACCACCUCUGUGUUAGUGCUGGCGUUUUCGGUGGGCUGGGCUGAAGCUGAGCAGGCCAAACCGACCGGGGAGAACCCACCGGCGGUCACUCUCCGGACUCUCAUCAUCGGAACCUGCCAGGAGAUCCAGCGGUACGCGGAGUCAGUGGUGGGGAGCGGUGUGAUCCGGUCAGCUGCUGAGAGUGCAGUGUUGUUUCUUGAGUCAUUGCUUGGGCAGGAGAACAUCUAUUCAGUGGCCAUGGUUUUUGAGAUGGUGAUCCGGUUCCUCGCUGAAGGAGCUGCAAGCGGCCUUAACGUCAUUGCUGUUUAUGUCACAGAGAUCCUCAGGGUCACAGGAUUCGAUGUUGCACUGACGUUGCCCCGCUUCACUCCAGAGGGUGUGGCCGCCAUUGCCCAGUGGGGUCUGGUGGCCCUGAUUGGCUACUGGGUGCUGACAAUCAUUCUGCGUCUGCUGAUUGGCGUGGUGAGGCAGGUGUUCUGGGUGGUGAAAACCGUCUUGGCGCUCUGGCUUUUCGGACUGAUCGUGACUGACAAGCAUGCCACUGCAGACAUCACGGCGGUUCGACUGGGCGGCCUGGUGCUGGGAUGCGUCUUGCUGACUCUGCUCACUUGUUCCUCUGAAAAGACUUGUGCAGUGGAGCACCGGCUGAGCUGCUUGGAGGGCCGGGUGAAGGUAGUAGAGAAGAGGAAGGGAAUAGUGACCGGAGAGGGUGCAGGGAAAGGAGUUAAGAUGGACAAAGGUGAUGGUAAUGUUGGUUAAGAAAACAGUAACAUUGAUGGUUCGUAUGUGUCAAACUAUUAUGGGAAAUAAAGUAAUCUCUGGGAUUUUUAAUCAGAAA